AUGUUCCUCACUGCUGUAAACCUGGCCAAGGCCAAGUCAAAGACUGUCCUAGUGCAAAUGGUGAGUGCUGCAGGGACAGGUUAUUGUUUCAACACCAAGAGGAACCGACUACGGGAGAAACUGGUGCUGCGAAAAAAUGAUCCCCUGGUGAACAAGCACGUUCUCUUUCACAAAAAGAAGAAGAUUAGGUCGAUUUAA